CGCCUUUUGGUGCGCGCGCUCGCCAAGAUGAGCGGCUUCGCGGAGCCGCUUCCGCCGCACGUGUACGCGCGCGCGGAGCAGCGGCAGGAGGAGGAGGAGAUGCCCGCCACCGAGAAGGACCUGGCCGAGGACGCCCCGUGGAAGAAGAUCCAGCAGAACACCUUCACCAGGUGGUGCAACGAGCACCUCAAGGGUCUCAACAAGCGGAUCGUGGACCUGCAGAGGGACCUGAGCGACGGCCUGAAGCUGAUCGGGCUCCUGGAGGUCCUGAGCCAGAAGAACAUGUACCGCAAGUACCACGGAAGACCCAACUUCAGACAGAUGAAGCUGGAGAACGUUUCGGUGGCGCUGGAGUUCCUGGAGCGAGAACACAUCAGGCUAGUGUCCAUUGACUCGAAAGCCAUUGUAGACGGGAACCUGAAGCUCAUCCUGGGCCUGAUCUGGACCCUGAUCCUCCAUUACUCCAUUUCCAUGCCCAUGUGGGAGGAUGAGGACGAUGAAGACGCUAAGAAGCUCACGCCCAAGCAGCGCCUGCUCGGCUGGAUCCAGAACAAGGUUCCUCAGCUUCCCAUCACCAACUUCCACAGAGACUGGAGGGACGGGAAGGCGCUGGGAGCGCUGGUGGACAACUGUGCUCCCGGUCUCUGUCCAGACUGGGAAAUGUGGGAUCCCAGUCAGCCGGUGGAUAACGCCAGAGAGGCCAUGCAGCAGGCUGACGAUUGGCUUGGUGUUCCCCAGGUCAUUGCCCCGGAGGAGAUCGUUGACCCCAACGUGGACGAGCACUCAGUGAUGACGUACCUGUCUCAGUUCCCCAAAGCAAAGCUGAAGCCCGGCGCCCCGCUGAGGGCCAAAACACUGCAUCCCAAAAGAGCCAAGGCCUACGGACUGGGGAUCGAGCCACGAGGGAACAUAGUUCUGAAGCCAGCUGAGUUCUUGGUGGAGACAGUUGAGGCCGGACUGGGCGAGGUUCUGGUUUUUGUGGAAGAUCCAGAAGGUCACACGGAGGAGGCUAGAGUCAUUGCCAACAACGACAAGAAGCGAUCGUACGCCGUCGUCUAUCUGCCCAAAGUCGAAGGCCUUCACAAAGUGAAGGUGCUGUUUGCGGGUCAGGACAUCGACCGAAGCCCCUUCCCGGUCAAUGUUUCCAAGGCAAUGGGCGACCCGAAUCGGGUUCACGCCCGUGGACCCGGACUGCAGCUUGGAGGAAAUGUGGCCAACAAGCCCACGUACUUUGACAUCUACACGGCUGGGGCCGGUGCUGGAGAUGUGGGCGUGAUCAUCGUGGAUUCUAACGGCCGCAGGGACACUGUGGAGAUCAUCCUGGAGAACAAAGGCGACAGCAUUUUCCGCUGCACUUAUGUUCCUGUCCUGGAGGGGGCGCACACUGUCUACGUGACCUUUGCAGGGCAGCAAAUUCCCAGAAGCCCUUUCACUGUCCACAUCUCUGAGGUUCCACAGAACGUCCCGCAUCCCGGCUCUCCAGUGCAGAAUGUACCUCAAUCCAUACACACCCCACCCUCAGACAAGCCAAAGAGAGCCCCCCCUCCAACACCGCCCAAACCCAGGCGACCAACUUGCAACCCCAAUGCCUGCAGAGCGUCGGGUCGAGGUUUGCAGCUGAAGGGCCUCCGGGUGAAGGAGGUGGCGGAUUUUAAAGUAUACACGAAAGGAGCUGGCAGUGGAAAACUCAGUGUCUCGGUGAAGGGACCAAAGGGCGUGGAUGAGCCAGUGAAGGUACAGGAGAUGGAGAAUGGAUUGUACGAGUGUUACUAUUACCCCAUCAUCGCAGGCAAAUACAUCGUCAGCAUCUCCUGGGGAGGACACAGCAUCCCCCGCAGCCCGUUUGAGGUGCUGGUGAGUGAGGAGGCGGGGCCUCAAAAGGUGCGAGCCUGGGGCCCAGGACUGGAGACCGGCAUGGUGGGAAAGAGUGCUGACUUUGUGGUGGAGGCCAUUGGCACGGAGGUGGGAACACUUGGUUUCUCCAUCGAGGGCCCUUCACAGGCAAAGAUUGAGUGUGACGAUAAAGGAGACGGGUCAUGUGAUGUGCGGUACUGGCCUACAGAACCCGGUGAUUACGCUGUGCACGUCAUAUGUGAUGACGAUGACAUCAAGGACAGCCCCUUCAUCGCACACAUCCUGUCUGCUGCCAGUGAUGUCUUCCCUGAAAAGGUCAAGUGUUACGGUCCAGGUCUUGAGCCGACGGGUUGCAUCGUCAACAAAGCUGCAGAAUUCACCAUCGAUACGUGCGGCGCUGGCAGAGGCGAGCUGAAGCUCUACGCUCAGGAUGCAGACGGCUUCCCCAUCGACAUUCAGAUCACAGAUAAUGGAAACAGCACCUACUUCUGUGUCUACAUUCCCACAAAAGCCAUCAAACACACCAUCAUCAUCACCUGGGGCGACGUCAACAUCCCCAACAGCCCCUUCAGGGUGAUUAUUGGAGAGGGCAGCCAUCCAGAGAACGUGAAGGUUUAUGGUCCAGGAGUGGAGAAGGCGGGACUUAAAGCCAAAGAGCCCACGUACUUCACUGUGGACUGCAGUGAGGCCGGACAGGGUGAUGUCAGCAUCGGGAUCAAGUGCGCUCCAGGUGUGGUUGGACCUGCCGAGGCCGACAUUGACUUUGAUAUCAUCAAAAAUGAUAACGAUACCUUCACAGUAAAAUACACGCCUCCGGGUCCCGGUCAGUACACCAUCAUGGUCCUGUUCGCUGACCAGGAAAUUCCCAUCAGCCCCUUCAGAAUAAAGGUGGAGCCUUCCCACGAUGCAGCUAAAGUCAGGGCAGAGGGACCCGGACUCAACAAAACUGGUGUGGAAGUGGGUAAACCGACUCACUUCACCAUCUACACCAAAGGAGCAGGAAAAGCCAAACCGGAGGUCCACUUCACCGCCGCAGCCAAAGGAGAGGCCGUCCGAGAUUUUGAGGUCAUCGAUAACCACGACUACUCCUACACCGUCCGCUACACCGCCGUCCAACAGGGAAGCGUGUCCAUCACUGUGUGCCACGGCGGAGAUGCCAUUCCCAAAAGUCCAUUCAGCAUCACCGUGGCCCCCCCACUGGACCUCAGCAAGGUCAAGGUCCACGGUCUGAACAACAAGGUGGAUGUUGGGAAGGAUCAGGAGUUCACUGUCGGCACCCGUGGCGCUGGAGGUCAAGGUAAAGUGGAUGUGAAGAUCAUGUCCCCGUCCCGCCGACCAAUCCCCUGCAAGCUGGAGUCUAGCACAGCUAAUGACAUGCACACGGUGAAGUACAUCCCCCCGGAGGAGGGGCCUUACAGAGUCGACAUUGACUACGAUGAAAACCCGAUCCCUAGCAGCCCGUUCACCGUGGAGGCCAUCAUGCCACCAGACCCAUCAAAGGUGCGUGCCUAUGGUCCAGGUCUUCAAGGCGGCCUGGUGGGUAAACCCGCCCCCUUUGCCAUCGACACAAAAGGAGCUGGGACCGGUGGUCUGGGUCUGACGGUGGAGGGGCCCUGCGAGGCCAAGAUUGAAUGUCAGGACAAUGGGGACGGAUCUUGUUCCGUGUCCUACCUGCCCACAGAGUCCGGAGAGUACUCCAUCAACAUCAUGUUCGCCGACCAGCACAUCCCCGGCUCGCCCUUUAAGGCCACAGUCCAGUCAGUCUUUGACCCCAGUAAGGUCACGGCCAGCGGUCCCGGCCUGGACCACGGAAAGGUCAGCGAGGCCAGCUCCUUCACGGUGGACUGCUCCAAAGCCGGAGAAGCUGACCUCACGAUUGAGAUCAUCUCAGACUCUGGAGCCAAAGCUGAAGUCCACAUCCAAAACAACGGCGACGGGACCUACUCCAUCACCUACAUCCCACCGUUUCCCGGCACCUACACCAUCACCAUCAAAUACGGGGGGCACGCUGUGCCCAAAUUCCCUGCUCGUGUACAGGUGGACGCGGCUGUCGAUACCAGUGGUGUGAAAGUCACCGGACCCGGAGUGGAACCCCGAGGUGUCUUGCGUGAGGUCGCGACAUACUUCACCGUAGACAGUCGCGCUCAGCAGAAGAGCAGCAGCGGCCACGUGAAGGCGCGUAUCGUCAGCCCGUCGGGCGCCAACAUGGACGCCUACAUCAGCAAUAAUGGAGACGGGACCUCCAGGGUGGAGUACACGCCCUUUGAGGACGGUUUACAUCUGGUUGACGUGUCAUACAAUGAGGUGUCGGUGCCAAAGAGCCCGUUUCGGGUGUUGGUGACCGAGGGUUGCGACCCCGGGCGGGUGCAAGCGUACGGUCCGGGUCUGGAGGAAGGACUCGUGAACAAACCGAACCGCUUCACCGUGGAGACCAGGGGUGCCGGUACCGGCGGUCUUGGUCUCGCUAUUGAGGGUCCAUCGGAGGCCAAGAUGUCAUGUAAGGACAACAAGGACGGCAGCUGCAGUGUGGAGUACAUCCCCUUCACUCCUGGAGAGUACGACGUCAACAUCACGUUCGGAGGCCUGCCCAUCCCAGCGAGUCCGUUCCGUGUUCCGGUCCGAGAGCUGGUGGAUCCCAGUAAAGUGAAGUGUUCUGGUCCUGGACUGGGAACCGGAGUCCGCGUCCACGUCCCACAGACCUUCACCGUCGACACGAGCAAGGCCGGAGUGGCGGCCCUGGAGGUCCUGCUGUACGGGCCUACAGGUGUGGCCGAGCCAGUCGGUGUAACAGACAACGCAGAUGGUACUCACACGGUGAACUACACGCCGGUCAGCGACGGGCCGUACACGGUGUGUGUGAAGUAUGCUGACCAGGAAGUCCCUCGCAGUCCUUUUAAGAUCAAGACCCUGCCGGCUCAUGAUGCCAGUAAGGUCCGGGCCAGCGGUCCAGGUCUAAAUGCGUCCGGCGUUCCAGCCAGCAUCCCCGUUGAGUUCACCAUCGACGCCCGGGACGCCGGUGAGGGACUCCUGACUGUUCAGAUCCUGGAUCCCGAAGGAAAACCCAAGAAGGCAAAUAUCCGGGACAACAGGGACGGGACGUACACGGUGUCCUAUGUUCCAGACUUGACGGGCCGCUACACCAUCACUAUCAAAUACGGAGGAGACGAGAUUCCCUACUCGCCAUACCGUAUUCACGCUGUCCCCACUGGAGACGCCAGCAAGUGUCUCGUCACAGUUUCGAUUGGAGGACAUGGACCAGGGUCCGGCCUCGGUCCCACCAUUCAGAUCGGGGAGGAGACCGUCAUUACUGUAGAUGCAAAGGCUGCUGGGAAAGGCAAAGUGACGUGCAAAGUCUCGAAUCCUGAAGGAGCAGAACUGGACGUGGACGUGGUGGAGAACGCAGAUGGAACCUUUGACAUCUAUUACACAGCUCCAGAACCCGGAAAGUAUGUCAUCACCAUCCGGUUUGGUGGAGAACAAAUUCCCAACAGCCCCUUCCACGUGGUGGCCGGCGAAACCGUCCCAAUAAUCCAGGAACCAUGUGACCAGCUUGAGUCCUCCAUCCCUUAUGUGGGCGUCGACCCUCAAUGGGCCACUGAUGGUCCCAUCAGCCCUGUGGAUGGAUUGGAGCUCCGCCCCUUCAGCCUGGUCAUUCCCUUCACUGUGCAGAAAGGCGAGAUCACAGGUGAAGUGCGAAUGCCGUCCGGUCAAACCGCGCAUCCUCACAUCACUGAUAACAAGGACGGCACGGUCACUGUGAAGUAUUCGCCAACAGAAAGAGGUCUACACGAGAUGGACAUUAAAUAUGAUGGCAGCCACAUCCCAGGAAGUCCACUGCAGUUCUACGUUGAUGCCAUUAACAGUGGUCAUGUGACGGCGUACGGUCCUGGUUUGAGUCACAGCAUCGUGAACAAAUCUGCCACCUUCACUGUUAUCACCAAAGAUGCUGGUGAAGGUGGCUUGUCUUUGGCUGUUGAGGGUCCGUCUAAAGCAGAGAUCAGCUGUAAGGACAACAAAGAUGGGACAUGCACCGUCUCCUACCUGCCCACCGCUCCUGGAGACUACAACAUCAUUGUUAAGUUUGACGACAAGCACAUCCCUGGCAGCCCGUUCACCGCAAAGAUCACUGGUGAUGACUUGUUGAGGAUGUCGCAGCUGAACGUUGGCACAGCAACAGAUGUUUCCUUGAAGAUCACUGAGACAGACCUGAGCAGUUUGACUGCGCGCAUCAGGACGCCGUCUGGCAGUGAGGAGCCGUGUGUGCUGAAGAGGCUUCCUAAUCACCACAUCGGUAUCUCCUUCACACCGAAGGAAGUUGGCGAGCAUGUGGUCAGUGUGAAGAAGAACAGCAAACACGUGACUAACAGCCCCUUCAAGAUCAUGGUGGGUCCAUCUGAGAUCGGAGAUGCCGGUAAGGUGAAGGUUUAUGGACAGGGGCUGGUGGAAGGGCGCACCUUCGAAGUGGCAGAGUUUAUCGUCAACACUUGCAAUGCAGGGUAUGGAGGUCUGGGUCUGUCCAUCGAGGGUCCCAGUAAAGUGGAUAUAAACUGUGAGGAUGUGGAGGACGGGACCUGUAAGGUCACGUACUGUCCCACGGAGCCUGGAAACUACAUCAUCAACAUCAAGUUUGCGGACCAGCAUGUUCCAGGAAGUCCGUUCACAGUGAAGGUCUUUGGCGAGGGUCGGAUGAAGGAGAGCAUCACUAGGAAGCGACAGGCUCCUUCUAUCGCAACCGUGGGCAGCGCCUGUGACCUGAACCUGAAAAUCCCAGGAAACUGGUUUCAGAUGGUUUCAGAUCAGGAGCGCCUGACGCACACGUUCACGCGCAGCAGUCACACGUACACGAGGACGGAGCGGACCGAGAUCAGCAAGACCCGUGGCGGGGAAACCAAGAGGGAGGUGCGGGUGGAGGAGAGCACGCAGGUGGGAGGAGACCCCUUCAGGGACGUGUUCGGGGAUUUUCUGGGCAGAGAGAGUCUGAGCGGAUUCAACAGACAGCCGGUGCAGGACGGCGAGGCAGGGAACCAGGAGAUGAUGGCUCAGGUGACGAGUCCUGGCGGGAAGACCGAGGAGGCGGAGAUCAUUAAAGGCGAGGACAGCGCCUACAGCGUGCGCUUCAUCCCUCAGGAGAUGGGUGCGCACACGGUCAAUGUCAAAUACCGCGGCCAGCACGUCCCCGGGAGCCCCUUCCAGUUCACCGUAGGGCCACUGGGAGAGGGCGGGGCCCACAAGGUCCGGGCAGGAGGCACGGGGCUGGACCGGGGACUGGCAGGAAUUCCAGCUGAGUUCAGUAUCUGGACCCGGGAGGCCGGAGCCGGAGGCCUGUCCAUCGCUGUGGAAGGACCCAGCAAGGCCGAAAUCACCUUUGAAGACCGGAAGGACGGAUCCUGUGGCGUGUCCUAUGUUGUUCAAGAACCCGGUGACUAUGAAGUUUCCAUUAAAUUCAACGAUGAACACAUCCCAGACUCGCCCUUCAUCGUGCCCAUCGCCACGCUGUCUGCUGACGCUCGCCGCCUCACCAUCACCAGCCUGCAGGACAUGGGUCUGAAGGUUGGCCAGGAAGCCUCGUUUGCUGUGCAGUUGAACGGAGCCAGAGGCCUGAUCGAUGCUAAGAUCCACAGUCCGUCUGGAGCCAGCGAGGACUGCCACAUCACUGAGCUGGACAGCGAACAGCAUGCCAUCAGGUUCAUCCCCAGAGAAAACGGAGUUCAUUCCAUUGACGUUCGUUUCAAUGGAAGUCACGUUCCCGGCAGCCCCUUCAGGAUCCGAGUGGGAGACCCGGGACAGGCUGGAGAUCCUGGCCUGGUGUCCGCUUUUGGACCGGGUCUGGAGGGUGGAUCCACAGGCGAGGCCUCAGAGUUUCUGGUGAACACAUGUAACGCCGGUGCAGGAGCACUGUCGGUGACAAUCGAUGGGCCGUCCAAGGUGAAGAUGGACUGUCAGGAGUGUCCAGAUGGAUACAAAGUGUCCUACACGCCCAUGGCUCCGGGAAGCUAUCUGAUCUCCAUCAGAUACGGGGGACCCCAGCACAUCGUAGGCAGUCCCUUCAAGGCCAAAAUCUCAGGACCUCGUCUGGCUGGUGGACACAAUCUACAUGAGACGUCCUCCGUCCUCGUUGAAACGGUCACCAAGUCAUCAGCGAUGGGUGGAGUCUUUGCCACUUUACCCAAAUUCUCGUCAGACGCCAGUAAGGUGGUGUCCAGGGGCGUCGGCCUGUCCAAAGCCUUCGUGGGGCACAAAAAUGCUUUUACAGUCGACUGCAGCAAAGCAGGCACCAACAUGCUGAUGGUUGGCGUGCACGGGCCCAAGACGCCGUGUGAGGAGGUUUACGUCAAACACACGGGCAACAGGAUGUACAACGUGACGUACACAGUCAAAGAGCAGGGCGCCUACAUCCUGAUCGUUAAGUGGGGGGAUGAGAACAUCCCGGGUAGCCCCUUCCACGUCACCGUGCCCUGAAUGAGCUUCAGUGUGCACGAGACAUGGCGUGCACAAGGCUUCAGUUGUCUGCUCCCAUCAGGUUUAUCAGCUUCAGUUUCUCUUUGCUGUGCAAAAUGAAACCAUGGAGCAGUUAGCAGUUAGCCAUUAGUGCAAAAUUACUUCAUGAAUUUUAAUUAUAAAAAAAAAAAUUCUAGCAUGUUAUGAAACAAGAUGUUUAAAUAAAAAAAAUGAUGCUGUUGUUUAUUUGGAGGUUGCUUUUUUGUAAAACUAUAAUGAAUUAAUUUGUCAGGGCCACAGUAUAUGAUGAUGUCAUAAAGCACAAAGUGGGGUUGCUCCAGUUGUCUACUGAGCUGUUUAGUGUCCAGGUGUGUUAUUCCCUCUUUUUUUUUUUUUUUUUGAUGAAUAAGUCAGCAAAGUAAAACUGGGUUUAUUUUAAAUGUUCCAUAUUUCUUGUAGUUAAAAAAUUGUAAAGAGGAACAGAGUGAGGGAAACCACCAAGAGACUUCUGACAAGUGUGGAGUUACAAGCUUUAGUGGCUGUGAUGUUUGGAACACAGUAAAACUUUAGUUAAAAAAAAAAAUACAUGAAAUCUCAGCUUGAAUUUGCCAGAGACUCGAGCCUAGGUUUAACAUCUUUUUAGUUUUGUUUUUGGUCUUUUUUUAAUUUUUUUGUCAUAUGCACUAAAACUGUCUUUGUCCAAAUAUGUGUUUUCUGGGUUUUGCAAGAAGUGCAGAUUAAAAAUAUUUUAUGAAAGCAGAACAAAAAGAACAUAUUUCAUCUCACUGAGAAGCUGUGCUGUGACUUUUUAUUUGUUUUCUUUGACAGAAAAUUGUCUUAUUGUUCAGUGAGCUUCAUCUGAUCACUUUUCUGGAUUUUCUGUUCACCUGUAGACAGAGCUUAAGAGCUCUUCAGAAAAUAAGUCAUUAUUACCAACACACUUUUCAGGGACUUAAUUUUAAAAAUUAGGACAAAAAUUAUCAGAAUAAUAUGUCAAAACCAUUGUCUUGAAUUUGUGAGCAAAAUAAAGGAGAAAUAAAUCACAAGGAUUAGCAGCUGUUGAUAUUUUCCUAUUUUAGCAAAAGACUUUUACGCAAGUUUAAAUUUCAGCACAGUUCACCUUGAAUUAACUUGAGAAAAAAAACUGUGAUGUCUGAAGAAAUGACAAGAAACAAAAAAAUAGGAAGCGAUCAUAUCAGCCAGCUAAAUCCAUAAAUGGAUUUUCCAAAAUGCUAAUGUAACGCAGUGAUCAAAUUAGCUAGCUAUGUCCACGAAUGCAGUUUCCAAAAUUAUGUUUACACCAAUCAUAACUAUCAUAUUAAUUAGCUUAGUCCAUGAAGGGAUUUUGCAAAAUGAUGUUAGCAUACCGUAGCAAUCAUAUUAGCUAGCUAAGUCCAGGAAUAGAUUUUCCAAAAUGAUGCUGACAUCCAACGUAACAUUUGUAUUAACUGUCUUAGUCUGUGAAUGGAUUUUCCAAAAUUAUGUUAAUGUAAUGUAGUGAUCAUAUUAGCUAGCUAACCUCACAAUUGGAUUUUCCAAAAUUACGUUAAUGCAAUGUAGUGAUUAUGUUGGCUAGUUAACCUCAUAAAUGGAUUUUCCAAAAUUACGUUAAUAUAACAUAAUGAUCAUAUUUGCUAGCUAACUUCACGAAUGGAUUUUCCAAUAUUACAUUGUCUAACGUAACAUUUUGUGUAUGACGAUUAGCUGCUGCUGACAUCAGCGACUCUUAAGUACAAAAGUUGUGAAAAUAAGCUCCAUGUUUGUCUCAAAUGUGACCGGCACGUUUACAAAAACAAUCUGCUCACUUUAAACUUUUAAAUACUUUUUUGCUCACACAUAAAAUGGGAUAGUUUUUGAAACUGAUUUUGUAACCUUUUUGUUGAGUCUCCGUCAUCACAGAUGUGCUGAUUUUUUUUUUUUUACACAAGAAGAAUGUGCAGUGAUCUAUAUUAUCAGAGUGAUGUUUUAUAGUGAUUUUCUAUCAGAAAUGUGAAUGAAAUAAAGCGUUUGAUAUGUU